AAUCAUCAUGCCGACUGAUUUGUAAGUUUCGUUCAAUUAUAUAAUCAUGUCUUCAUAAUUAAAAUGACAAACUGGCAUCACAAAAAAGCAUAUGGGCCCUCUUAAUCAAUUUAAUAAGAAAAGAAAAACCCUCUAACAGUCAACUAAAUCCAUAAUUACGCAUUUCCUAUCAUGUCCCUGGUUCGUUAAAGCUGGUUGCAAACUGAAACCCGAUCAUUCUCAAAACCUGAAAAGCGAUUCAUCGGUUAAAGGAAAUCCAAAAGCCUGCAAAAUUUCCUCUGCUCCCAAUUGUUUUCUUCCCGCCGAUCCUGAGAAUACAGAUGCUCUCCGUUCCUGUUGACGUCAGCGUUAGUCGACGCGCCACACACAGUGCCGCCGAGAGAGUGGUAGUGGCGGUGAAAGCUGAAAGAGUGAUAUCCAAAGCUGCAUUAGCUUGGGCUCUCACUCACGUCGUUCGUCCCGGGGAUUGCGUCACUUUGCUCGCUGUCUUUCCCGGAGAGAAGACAGGUAGGAAAUUCUGGAAUUUCCCGAGGUUGGCGGGAGACUGCGCUAGCAGUCACAGGGAAAACUUGCCGGAUCGGAUCUUUCAAAUCUCUGAGUCUUGCUCCCAGAUGGUACUCCAGUUUAAUAACCAGGUCGAGGUGAGAGUGAGGAUAAAGGUGGUGUCAGGGACAUCUGGCAAUGCUGUGGCGGCCGAAGCAAGCAGAAACGGAGCCAACUGGGUCGUACUGGACAAAAAAUUAAAGCAAGAGUUGAAGCACUGUAUAGAGGAACUUCGCUGCAAUGUUGUAGUGAUGAAAGGCUCUCAAGCAAAAGUUCUCAGGCUAAACUUACAAUGCUCAACAGAAAUCCAAACCCCAUAUUUCAGUGCUGCUUCUUCACCGGCUAGGGACGAUGAAGAGUUGCAGAGACAGAGAGUGAAGCAUUCUACUCCAGUCAGCAGCCCCGAAGAACCAAGAACUUCCCAUUCAAGAACCACUAUCGAAAGUUCACUAUCAUUUUCUGAGACAAUGACAUCUCCUUUUCUUGUCUAUGAACAAAAUCCCCUUUUUGAAGGAUUGAAUAAAGGAUAUUACACGUCAACAGAUUAUCAAAAUGACUUGAAUGAUGCAGAAAUUACUCAUAAUGUUAAGAGCGAGAAGCUUAUCACUUUAUGCAGAAAUCCCAUGCAAUCUGGAGCCACCGCUGACAAAAAUGUACUUUGGAUUCCCCAAAACCAUGUUAUUGAUGAAAAGCCCCUUGUUACCCAAAAUGCAAUGAAUAAAAUCACGUCUUCAACUUCCAAAACUCUGCUCGAAAAGUUUUCCCAGUAUGAUAAAGAUCCAAAAGCUGAUGGACUUGAGCUCAGCCAGAUCCAUCACAAACAAUAUAUUGUUAACUCAGGCAUUAGAGAUGCAGUCUCACUUGGUAGGACAUCCUCCAUACCUCCUCCCUUGUGCUCAUUAUGCCAACAUAAGGCACCAAUUUUUGGAAAGCCUCCCAAGAGAUUCUCUCUUGAGGAACUAGAUGAAGCAACAGAGGGAUUUUCAGAUAUGAAUUUAUUGGCAGAAGGGGGUUUUGGCAUUGUAUAUAGAGGGGUACUAAGAGAAGGCCUGGUGGUGGCAGUGAAGGUAUUAAAGUUUUCUGGCCCUCAAGCAGAUGCUGAUUUCUGCAGGGAAGUGCGAGUUUUAAGCUGUGCGCAGCAUAGGAAUGUUGUGUUGUUGAUUGGAUUUUGUAUUGACCGCAAGAGAAGAAUCUUGGUUUAUGAGUAUAUAUGCAACAGCUCUUUGGAUUUCCAUUUACAUGGAAACAAGAAAAUCAGUUUGGGUUGGCAGUCUAGGCUAAAGAUAGCAAUUGGGGCAGCCAGAGGUUUACGAUACCUUCAUGAAGAUUGUAGAGUGGGUUGUAUUGUACAUAGGGACAUGCGCCCUCAUAAUAUCCUCCUAACUCAUGAUUUUGAACCUCUGGUUGCUGAUUUUGGACUUGCUAGGUGGUACUCUGAAUGCAGCAUCGGUGGGGGAGAGCAAGUAGUUGGAACGUCAGGGUAUCUUGCGCCAGAGUAUUUGAACAGUGGAAUAAUCACACAGAAAGUUGAUGUUUAUGCAUUUGGGCUUGUACUAUUAGAGAUAAUCACAGGUCGAAAACCUAGCGAAUUGCAACAUUUCAGGGAACAGCAUUUCCUAUCUGAUUGGUUCCACCCUCUAGGUUCUUUGCAGCCUAACCACAUCUUCACCAAUAUUUAUAAAUUAAUCGAUCCAUGCUUGGCCGGUGAUCAAAUCCAAAGUUUUGCUCAUCAGCUACAAGCAAUGGCGUUUGCUGCUUCCUUGUGUCUAAGUCGUGAUCCAGAGUCCAGACCCCUAAUGUCAAAGGUCCUUAGAAUACUUGAAGGGGGAGAUACAUCUAUUCCUCUGGCUCUGGACUUAAAUUCAGCUGGUAACAGAAGUGGUCAUUUGUGUGGUUUGAAUUCACAGAAGCAACCUCAACUGAAAAGAAAUCACUCUCGCAAACUUUCUCACUAAGUGUCUCUGAUACAUGGUUUUAUGGAUCCACUCUGUUCGUAAGUCCAUUUCCUGGUUUGCACUUUUGCAUACCUACGAGUAAA